UACCAAACCUAGCAAUCUUAACCCUGGGGUUUGCACUGAACUUAAUGGGUAAACGAGUUCUCACCUGGAACUCGGUUGUAUAGGUGGACAGGCGAGACCUGCUAGUUACAUGAGUCCUCCAGCCUGGAUUGUAUACCAGAGUGCUGCAGCAUGCUGUACCCAUGCAUGGGCACGGGACAGGUGCCCGCCCUGGUCAAUCAUGCCAGCUGCAACAGGGUCAGACUGCACCAGCACAGGGCUCCCUGGUAGGGAUGCAGGACUCAUUGUCAUUGGGAAGAAGUUUCUCAAAGAUCCUGACAAACACCUUUGUUCAGUCCCUGUCCAACUCAGCAGAAGUGUUAACAGAGGCCUAUCAAGUAACCAAAGUGUCCAGCCUUGUCCUCAGGCCUCGGACGGUGCCAUUAGCCCAGUGAGCCACCCCGCCUCCUGUUCCGGUAGCGUCGAUGGUGCCAUGGGUUUCUCCACCGAGCACAGCUCUGUUUACUCCUGGAGAUACGAUGAGUUUGACCAGGUGAACGUUCAGCGAGUGUGGCAGCUCUUCAGCGCGCUGGACGACCUGCUGUACGAAGGCAAAGCGAGCAAUACCAGCGAGGCCCUGCAGAAAGAGUGUGAGGAGUGGAACGCCCGCUCCCCUCACCUCAGGAUUUUAGGGACGCGUCUGGGGCCAGUGAGUCAGGAGGGGUUGCAGUACAUUCACCGGCGAGCCGGCAGUGUCGGGGCUGCCCUUCAGGCACCGUGCGCAGCCCGGAGUGGCCGGCAAGGCGGGCUGCAUGUGGAUGGCCAUGGACUUGCCCUGGGACCAUGGCCUAAUCCGUCUCUCAGCUCCAGGCUACCCCUCCCUCAGCUCUCGCUGUCUGGUGUCCAGUCCGAGGAGGUCUAUGUGGCGGAUGGAAGGAUAGAGGAGUUCCUGGCUUAUGAUGGGAAAGAGACAGAGAGCAAGCGCGUAGACAAGCGGGCACCCUCCGCCAGGGCCUGGCGUCCUGGGGUGCCCCCCGUGUCCCCUGGCGCCUGUCUCCGUGACGAUGUGGCCAGCGUGCUAUUCAAUGACGUUUGGUGGGAGGUGGUGGGUCUGCUCCAGAAGAUCCUGCACAAGCACUGGGAGGAGCAGUGCUCAGAUGGAGUCACAAGGAGGAAGAUUCCGCAGAGCUCCAGCCAAACGUUGUGCGAGCCCUUAUCUCCCCUCCCAUCAAGGGGGGGUGCUCACGUCUCCCCGAGCAGUGGUCCCAGUAGCAGGAGCAGGUUAUUAUGGGCCAACAGUAAUUCACAGGACUCGAGCAUCUUCAAGAUGAAUUUAAAUGGCGUUAUGACAAUCCGUGCAAAGCCACUGCAGCAGAGACCGCAGGGACAGGGUGAAAGGUGCAACUCGGACGAUGGGAACGGCGCGAUGCUCUGCUUGCAGGCCCUGGGGCCGAGGGGCCGGAGCGCAGCCUCACCCAGACGCGGGGUCUCCAGGCUCAGGACCCAGUCGCGACUGCACCUCCCCUGCCGAAGAGGAACCAGACUAUCCACCGUAGCUGAGGACCUGCUGGCCCUGUCCGUGGGUGCUGUCCCUAACCACAGACUUCCUCUCCCCCACGCUGACCCUGUCGAGCGGGACGGCAACACCGUCCGUCCCAGACGCACGCAGCUCAAAGGGAGGGUGGCGAGAGUGGGCGGGGCCAUGCGGCCAGGGUCCAGCCUCCCACCCCUGCGAGAGCCCACUCCGCUGCUGUCCUGGCCUAAAACCACACUCACGUUCAGAUCUGAGAUGCUCAUGAAAAGUUCUUUCAUGCCCAUGGACUUCUUCUGUAUCAUGAAGUCUGGGAGGGGUCUUCUCCUCGGAACAGGUGACAAAGGUCAUAGCACACCCAUGGGUGUGACAGGCUUCAGCAUGGGCAUCACCUGUUCCACAUCCAGUGGCUUUUCUGAAUGUGCCACAACCCCAAGGAGACGCAUAAACCUCCUCUCUUCCACUGACGGGGAGGCAGGGAACAUCCCUGUGUCCGGAGCUAUAGGUGCUCGGAGGUCACUGACUCGCUUUCCAUUGCAUGGGCGGAAGAGGUGUCAUGUGGUAAUGCCAUAGCACGGUUCACGUGGACUAACGGUGCAGAGAGCAGAGCUCGGCCUCAGCGAGGUUUGCAGUAAUGUGGAUGGACAAAGCUAUUUCCAUUCUUUUUGCUUUUUCUGGUUACUUACAGCGUGCCGCUUUGCCACUUAUGAAGUGUGUUGCGCUCACCUGCUGUUUGCAUGUAAAUGACCUAUACAGAAAGCUAUCAGCAGUUAUGUAACCUUGCUGAAAAGGGUUAUUUUCUGUUUUGGAUUGCAUGCUUGUACUGAAUGUCAAAUAACUGUGUAUGUGAAAUGUAAACUGUAUUUAUGUAAACAAUAAACAGAAUUGUUUAUUGCAUGUUGGUGAAUAAGAACCUAAGUGACAGUGUUAUUUCUGUUGCUGUCAUCACGAGUUUCAUAACAAACAUUGCAAUGAAAUUUUAUGUGGUGAACAAAAUGUGGGAAUAAAACUGCAAAAUAUGAAAAGCUUUGAUAUAUCUUUCCACUUCUUUAAAAAGUUUUUUUGGUGUUUGCUCAUCUAGCAAUGACUUAUCUUAUGUCACAUGUCACGUGAAAUGUGAAGUCAAGCAGAAGACACUCUGGGAUAAUAAUUUGUUUUAAUUAUGGUAAGGCUUUUUUGCAACCCAUGUUCUAAUUCGAUUAUUCACAAACUAGUUCGACUAUCACCUUGCACUUCACAGGGGAUUAGAUAACACUGUAUCCAAGGUCUGUUGUGGAAGUCUGUCUGUGUGUGUGUGUGUG